UCUGCCUGGAUCAUGAGGAGGACAAAGCACUCCUGGUCAGCUUUUGUGAGAGAAGGCAACAAGAAGAGGGAGAAAAUGACUGGGGAAAAUGCAAGAAUACUGCCCAAGGACACACACGAGGAGAGAAAGAAGCAGGAGGCGAAGAGGAAAGGGAAAUUGAAAACCCUGGCAGGCAAAUUGCUGAAGACUGUGGCUGGUGGGAAGGAGAUGGUGGAGAAGGCUGGUACUGAGGAUGUGGCAGGGAAUUUGCUGAAGAGGCCAACCAGUAGGAAAGGAGUGGAGAGAGGGACGCCUGCAGAGGAAACCAUCUGCAGAUUCAUUGAGCAAGGGAAGUUUUUGGAAGCUUGUGAUCAAAUUAAUAACCUGGAGCAUUUUGGAAAUGAUGGUUUGGGAAAGUCUGAAUCACUUUAUGGGCUGCUGGCUGAACGAAUGUGGACUGUAGUGGGAGAAGCACUCAGUGGAAGUGAUGGGAUGCUCCUGGAGCCGUUGCAGUCAGUGGGGGAAUCACUGAAGUGGGAGAAGCAGAAGGAAGCAGAGCGGCUUGGCAAUGGCCUAGAGACAGAGUCUGUUUCCACCUGGAGCCCAAACUUCUGGAGAAAAGAUCUAGAGGAAAAGCUGAUGCAGUACAUGACUGCCCAGAUUCCCCUGUUUGAUUCCUCCACUAACACAGAUGAGACUGCACUAAAGCAGCACCUGAGUCACCUAGAAACAACAUUUCUCCCCAGCCUGGAGCGCAGAAGUGAUGUCUUCAAGGAAGCAGGAUUGCUCAUCACCUAUGCCCGCUGCUGUCAUGCCUCUCUUUGUUCUCACCUGGCCACACUUACUGACAGGAACCGUUUCAGCUUCAGCCAAACUCUUUUAAUUUAUGAAUGGAGCAUUAAAAUGUACAAAAGUGGCAGCCAGGCAUGUGUGAGACCCGGGCACAUCCCCCAGCACAGCCUUUCCCUUGGUGCACAGUGCCUCGUGUGGAUUCUUUUGAAGACUGAGGAAAAGUUACUUGCAAUUGCACGGGAGGAAGUAGGGAAAGCACUGAAAGAAGCCUUUGAUAUUGGGAAACCCCCUUGUGCAGAUGCUGCAGUCAUUGAGAUCCUAGCAGGGAAGACAGAGGCAGCCAGGCGAGUCAGCGAGAGCCUGAGCGAGAAGGUGGAAGCUGCAUGCCUGGAGGAGUGCCUGAGGUUCCUGGAGAGAACUGUCUGGCAUAAGCUGACAUACAUUUGCAGUGUCAGCACUGACCAGAAUAUUAAGGUAAAUGGAUUCCUACACAGGAUGGAAGAUGACAUUAUUGGUCAUUUUCUACAGACCAUCACUUCUAAAGUCAAGGGAACACUGAAGGCCUACUUCAAAAAUUGUGACAGUGGUUUUGACCACAUCCUUGAAUCCUUAAAGCAAAGCUUUUUGACCUUUAAGAAGAAAAAAACAGCUAUAUACGAGGCCCUCGUGGAGGCUGUCAAUGCCAUUAUUAUUACAGAAUACAUGCAGGCCCUCCUGACCACUCCCAGGAAACCAUCUGCUAUGCAGAGGAGGAGGAUUGUCAACAAGAUAGAAGAAGAUCAUAGGAUGAUGCAAACCAUCUUUAAAGAGUGCUUAGGUCCUGCAGCUGGUUCUCUCAAGAAUCCCAUAAAAGCAAUUUUAGAACUUAUUCAAACUUCUGAUCCUGAGGGGAUGAAAAUAGCACUUCUGCCCAUUCUAAAAGAAUUUCCUGACCUCAGGAAGGAACAUCUGAGUGCAGUGUUGGACAUCAAAGAUUCUCUCAGCCGAGAAGACAGAGCUGCUCUCUUGAAGGCAUUUCAUGACAAUUGCAGGGAAUCGGAAACUGAAGCAAACUUGCUUUUUGCAGAUAUAGAAGUAAAACCUAGAAAAUGUGGACUCUGUGGGUGCCUCUGCUGUUAGCAAAGGCCUACUGGGAGAAACGUGAGGCCUUGCUCCCCUGUGCCAGUGUCUACAACCACAGCUCCUUGAAAGCUUCACAUGCAGCUGGCUGCAUGGAGAAGUCUGUCACCCAUGGAAGAAAAAAAUCCUGCACUUUUGCACAAAACUCAUGUGGCUGUAAUCCUAAUCUUAUAUGUAAAGUCCAGGAGGAAGAUGAAUGAGAUGUGGUAGAAACACAUUUCUUCCAAAUUUCCCAGAGAUUGUAAUUUAGCUGAGUCCUUGUGGUGAUGUGGCAAGUGUGGAGGAGGAAGGUUUCCCCUCACUGAAUUCCUCUCUAUUUCCAUCCCUUGUUCUGUGAAAUCUCUAAUGAAACCAGGGACUGCUGCACCACAUGGUGUCUAAGUAUUGCAGCCUCCUGAGGGAUCCAAGACCUCUGUUAGGGAAUAUUGCCUGGCUGAUUGUGCUGGCAGUGCCUGCAGAUCUGGACACCUCAGUUUACCCCCAAAGCCUGACCUGCACCAGGAGGGUGCAGAGCUGCCUCUUCCCUCUCUCAUGAAGGCUGUGACCUGCUCUUGGGGUAGCCUGUCAUGAUGAGGUGUGGGAUGGGGAGCUGUUCCUUUAUGAGUUUUACAGCUGGCUCAGGAGCAUAGUCUUGCAUUAAUUUUUAUACCUCAGUUACUGGAAAUUUCCGCUUGGAGAGGGAGGGGAAGCCUCAUGGGAAGCAGGCAGUAAAAGGAACUGCUUGUCCCAGACUCUGGGCAUGAACUCUGCUGGUUUUCAGAUGUAAAUAGGCAGUUCCAAAGGAAAACCACUGGCUUUUCUUCCUGGUUGUCUAUGGACUGGUCACAGCACCCAAGCUGGACGUGGUUCAAGGCUGUCCUUUGCUGUUGUGUGAAUAUAGGCCAUUACUGCUCCUCUCUAACACCAUAAUCAAGCAAAAAACUACUUCAGACAUGCCAGUGCUUUUCUGAGCAGCCAUUCCCCCUCGAGUCUGCUUCCCUAACAGGAAGAGUGAAAAUUUGUGCGUAACCUGUCAAUGAGUGUAGCACGGACAUGUCAUGCCCUGGUACCCUGAGAAAUGCAGACCCAGCUGAGUACUGCCACAUUCUGCAGUGCUGUGUCAUCACCCCAGGGACACAGGUGCCCCAUCCCAGAUCCCUGUGUGCAGAUGGGGUCCUGUGAGCUGCAAAGGAACCAGGGCAGGAUUGCAAUAGUCAUUAGCUUUGUUCCUGGUGCUGUGCUGAGCAUGGGGUGAGUGUCAGAGGAGAAGGAAGACACAGGCUGCUCCAUCUCCAGGGCACACUCCUCUGUGUGCUUUCAGGGCACAAGGAGACCUUGGCACUGUUACACUUUGUCCCCCAUGUCACCGAAGGGCAGUGAGAGCAUCCCAUGGCCUGUCUGCCCUUCCUGACUGCAUGGCUGCUCAAAAGGCUAGUGCUGGUGUCCCUAAUAUUCCAUAGCUGUCCAUUCCCUGAGAGGUGGGAAGGCUGGGGAAUCUGGGGGAGCUGCAGUCUGGCUGGGUGGGCAUGGGUUGGGCUGCAGGUCUGGAGGAGUACCUGCCUUCUGAAGGCUGGCAGCCCUGCCAGGCACUCUGGGCCAGUCACCCUCCCCUCCUGCUGAAUUGCACAUUUUUUCAAGGGUGGGAAGGGAUGUCAGAGCUGGAUGGCAGACCCUGUUGUGACAGCAGGGUCAGGGUCAGCCACUGCCAAUGGGGAUUUCCAGCAACAAGCCUUCCAGAGAAAAUAAAUAAAACCCUCUCUGACAUUUCCAUCACUAUCGGGCAAAAAAUAAUCCUUCAGCAUGCGGACAGCUCUGGCCAUGCACACAUCAAUGUCUAUGUGUGUCUAUGUUUGACAUCCAGACAAGGGUGUGUUCUGCUUGGAAACAGCAGCUGGGACCCCUGAGGGA